UAAACCAAACGUCACAUUUUCGUAUUGUGAAUGAAAUAGGCAGUGACGCAUUAAAAGUAUUUUAGUGCUUCUACUAGCCAUCUAACCUUUUUCCUACAAUCCUGGAAUCAACUCUUCGAAGGCGGGAGUUUAAAGUACUUUUUUUUGUCAACAAACAAUAAUAGGAGCUCCAAUUGUUGUGGAUUUAAUAUAAACAAAUAAUUAACGACUAAAUAUUGAUGUGCACAGUAUGCGAAAACUCACGUAUCACAAGUAACCGGAUUGCGUACAUUAACAUUAACAUUUUUCAUUGCAUCACUUUCACACGCUUUUGCUGACGCUGUUGGAAGAAUUGACGAGAUAAUUUACUAGAAAUAAAGUGCAUUCAAAAUAAGUGCUAAUAAAUUGUAACAAAAAUAGAAAAUGUGCGACGUUGUGGAAGAAAUAGAUGAGUUUAUCGAGUUUGAAUUGACCAAGGAUUGCGACUCUGUAGAAGAAGAGGCCUUUAUAUAUGAAGAGGAAGACGAGGUGGAGGUGGAACAGCUGGAAGAUGUAGCAAUAAAGCCAGAGUCGAUUAUAAUGGAAGUAAUCGACGAGGAUGAAUUGACCGAACAAGGAUAUGAGAUAGCCGAUAGUCUAGUCGAGGUAGUACCAGAUACAUUGCCUACCAAUGUUGAAUUUAUUAAGGAAGAAAUUGUACCGAAAUCAGAAGUCGAAAAUUCACCCGCUAACUCACAUAAAGGCCCGAAACGUUAUCUGCUCUUUGAUGAACUUGUUGCCAACAUUGUCGACUAUGAUGUUGAUGAUACCCCUAUUGUUGAAUUCUCCUUAUCAAAUACCGAUGCUGAUGAGAAGUUACCUGUCGAAUGUGGCAUAUGCCCCGAUGUCAUGCAUAAAUCAAAGCUUUCUGCCCACCUUAAAACACAUUUAGUGCCCGGCACGAACCGAUAUGCUUGUAUUUAUUGUGACAAAUCAUACAAAGAUCACAGCUACUUGGCGGGUCACUCACGGCGACACAUGGGUAUACGGCCGUAUGUAUGCGAACCAUGCAAAUUAUAUUUCUCCACAAAACAAGAUUUACGGGUGCACAACCAACGACGCCAUCAAGAAAAAGAACACAUAUGUGAAAUAUGUGGCAAAACGUUUUCCCAAAAUACAAUGCUAAAGCGACAUCGUGAGUCUACGCAUGAAAAAAUGCGACGCUUCCAGUGUGAGCAUUGCCCCAAAGCGUACUACAAGAAUUUCUCACUACAGGAACAUGUACGCAAUGUGCAUAUGGGUAAUCGUCGUAUGCUCGUGUGUCCUUUCUGUGGCAUGCAGUGUCGAGAUGCGCAUAAAAUGGCACGACACCGUAAGCUAUUGCAUCUCAAUCAAAGUCAUUUCCAUUGCGAUAUUUGUCAAGAGGAAUUCACCGACAUAAGUUAUUUCGAUGCACACAAACGUUCUAUACAGUGUCGGAAUAAUACGCAAAGGAAAUUGGAAGAAGAGCAAUUGUUGCAACAACAUGAAGAGGAGGAAGAAUUACUACUACAACCACAACACGAAAAUGAGGUACAACCUGAAGAAAUGGAUGAUCAAAAGCAAUAUCAUUUUGUAACACACCAAACAGACCAAAUGCAAUUACAACAACAUGCAGAUGAUUUAUGUUUUGAAAUUACGGUAGUGAAUAGCGAUAAUUAGAAAACAAGCGACCAGCGGUGUAUUACAUACACAUUUAACACAUUAAGAGCCUUCAACACUUUCCAUAAUAUGGGUUGCUAUAAUAAAUAUAAAUUUAUACGAAAGUGAAAUGAGUUUCAUGAAAUGAUAUUCUGACAUUGUUUCUAUUUAGUUAAUAAAUAAUACCUAAUUUAUGCAAAUAAAAAAUAAA